GAUUGUUGAUGAAAGCAGAAAAAUGGUAAUCAGAGGAGAUCAGGGAUUCAUUCCAUUCUUACAGGGAAAUAGCUCCUUGUACUUUCCAGUUAGCUUUCCGAGAGCAAGAGGAUAGGACAGCUCCCUGCUACAGAGAUUGGAGCUGAAGGUACAGAGGUGGGAGGGGGACGCCACCUUUGACAACUGCUGGUGUGGCAGCAAUUCCUCCUAUGGGACAGAACGACUAACGGACAGAUGGGUCAGGAUGCGAACUCCCUAUCUCAGAGGCUAGGGAGGGCUCCCUGCGGCCUCCUCCCUCCAGGAGGUGGGGACAAGGUGGAGCAAGGACUGCGAGAGGAGGAGCUCGCUCAUCACCACAAGCCCGGUCGCGUCCAGUCUGGCCUGGGCGCGGAGGAAACGCUCUCCUAGUCGCCGCCACUCGAGUAUCCUGUCCUGGUGCCCCAGUGCCCUGCCCCCAUCCAGUCAUGACCCUGCGCCCCUUAUUCCUGCCUCUCCAUCUGCUGCUGCUGCUGCUCAGUGGGGCGGUGUGCAGGGCUGACCCAGGGUUCGAAGCCGAAAGUCCUGUCCGGACCCUCCAAGUGGAGACUUUGGUGGAGCCCCCCGAGCCGUGUGCGGAACCCGCUGCUUUUGGAGACACGCUCCACAUACAUUACACGGGCACCUUGGUAGAUGGACGCAUUAUUGACACCUCUCUGACCAGAGACCCUCUGGUUAUAGAACUUGGCCAAAAGCAGGUGAUUCCAGGUCUGGAGCAGAGCCUUCUAGACAUGUGUGUAGGAGAGAAGCGAAGGGCAAUCAUCCCUUCCCACUUGGCCUAUGGAAAACGGGGAUUUCCACCGUCUGUCCCAGCGGAUGCAGUGUUGCAGUAUGACGUGGAGCUGAUUGCACUGAUCCGAGCCAACUACUGGCAAAAGCUGGUGAAGGGCAUUUUGCCUCUGGUAGGCAUGGCCAUGGUGCCAGGCCUCCUGGGUCUCAUUGGUUUUCACCUAUACAAAAAGGCCAACACACCCAAAGUCUCCAAAAAGAAGCUCAAGGAAGAAAAACGAAACAAGAGUAAAAAGAAAUAAAUGAUAGUACUUUUUAAAGAA